UGUCCUGUUUCUGGAGCGCGCCCCAGGGCAAUGCAGUAGCGACAUUCGCGCGCCUGCUCCCAUUCUGGUCCGCCCCCAACUCCAAGCAGCAGGCAAGAGUGCCAGACGGCGCCUGCUCAGACCAGAAUGGCGGCUCUUUUGGAAUCGCUGCUGCAGAAGGAAGUGGAAGCUAUCAAGGCCGUAGAAUGGUUAAAACACGACGGGGACAGUGACAGCUUGGCAUGGUGUAAGCCACUGAAGAUCGAAAGACAGGAGUUUGUUCCUUUCCUGUUGAACUUCCUGCGAGAGCAGAGCUGCUCCACCCUCACCCAUGGCCCUGCCACACCCGCCAAGACCCCCAGCCACCCCAGGGUCUCCCAGCCCUCUCAGCAGGGGCCAGGCUUCUCCAGUGAGCAUAGGGGGGGCUGCAGAUCUACCGGACCUGGAACCGGUCCUCGUAGUGCCAGCCGUGUACAGCUAUUCUCCUCCACUCCCUCCCUGUCUCCUGGGGCUGAGUGGGAUACUAGCCAACCCCCAUCUGGCUCCCACUGCCUGGGUGGGAUCAGUGCCCUCAGUAGUCCUUCCUUCAGCUCAGCCAGGAGCCCUGCUCCAGCCUCCACCUCCAGGCAUACUCCCUCAGAGCGCCGCUCCACCCAGAGAGCCAGUUUGGGGGAUUUCAUGCCGUCACCUCCAGAGCUCCAGCACCACCACAGUCUCAGCCUGGGCGUCCAGCAGCAGCCACGUGGCCGCAGGAGGAGUGCCGGGAUGGGAAGGCAGGGUGGGGGGCGUGGUGUGUUCCAGACUGAGGAGGUGGGGCCAGGAAGAUCUGAGGGUGGUGGGAGGAAGGGAAGGGGAGGAGGGGCUAAUAAAAUGGGUGACCCAGCUGUGUCGCCUCCAAUGGCUCAGAUGACAACGCUGGUCCAGCUCAACUUAACCAAUCUGGAAGACUUCCCACCUAUGGGGGUGUCGCAUGCAUCACCAGCACUGCAUACAAAACCAUCUCGGAGGAUCAACCCAACCCCAGUCAGUGCAGAGCGGCCUCACUCCAGACCGAAGACCUGUUUCACUUCCACCCCCUUCAGCACCAGGCCCUCCAGCCCUCCCCCAGUCCCAGAGGCAGUCACCGGGGCCAUCGAAGGGAGCAUCACUGGGACCCUGAACAUGGGCAGCCCCCCUCUCAGUCUGCAGGAGGAGAGAGAACUGCUAAAGAGAGUGAAGUGUAAACGAGCCCAGCAGGUGGGCUCCCCUCUACCCACCUCUUUGGACCCCUGUACCCCUACCAAACCAGGGCUCCGGACAGUAUCGGGCUCCAAAAUGACCCCUGUCACCCUGGGGUCGUGUCCUGACCCCUCUAAAGUCACCUUGACCUCUGAACUGGACCUUCUGGCUGACCUCUACUGUACCUGCAUCUCUGAGAACCUAGUUCCCAACGUGUUCCUGGAGCUGUUCUUUGUGCUGCAGCUUCUGACAUCUAGAACACCAGCCGUCACAGAGGAAGAGGACAAGGAUCUAAGUAUGGGGACGUUAGAUGUCCUGGAAAGAGGCUACCUCAGCAAGGUGCACAACUGUGUCUACUUCUCUGUCAGGGUGCUGGAGAAUCAGUUUGAGUUGGUGUCUCACCUGGACAAAGACACCCUGCGUCUCUUGGCUGAGAACGAGAGGGUGACCUGCUUCUCUCCGUCCCUGAGGAACAGACUGACUCUGGCCCAGGACCCCAGCACAGCCAAGGUCUCGCCCUCUGUGGACACCUUCAUCCACUCUGUCCCGUUCCAGCCUGCCACUGACAACCGCUCCAACUUCAGCAGUGACAAGGCCUUCCACACCUUCAAGAAGCAGAGGGAUAUUUUCUACGAGGUGCUGCGAGAGUGGGAAGACUUCCACAAGGAACCUAGAUGGGAGUUUGAAGCUGAACUAGGCAAUAGGGUCAGAGGAAUGGUGAGUCAACUGAACUCCACUGGAAACCACUCCCAUUUUGCCAGACUCUUCCUCAAGCAGUUGGUGCAGAUGUGCAAAGGUCCCCGUGCUCUGGGCUCCCCGGGCGACACCCCCGACGCGGACCUGCUAGGCAUGCUGGGAGCAGACAGCCUGGGGCGUCUAAAGCGUCUGGAGGAGCGUCUGAUCCAGCCCCAAGGCAUUCUGGGACCCUGUCCUCCACCCGCCUUCCCGGGACACCAGGAGUUCUUCAGGGACUUCUUAAAGACCGCAAGCUGCUGCCAGCUGAACCAGCACCUGAAGGACAGUCUGUGUCAGCAGCUCCUCCAGCUUGACGAGGUGUCGGUCCUGGCUCCCGUGGUCUCCAGUACCGAGGGAGAGGGAGACAUGGAACAACAAGUCAGCACUGAUUACUCUGUAGACCUGGUGCAAGAUCUCUCACCUCAAUCAGAAUGGGGCUUGGUGGAGAAUAUAUUUUCUUGUUUUAAUACCCCCCUUUCCCAUAUCUCCUCUCUCUCGCCCUCUCUCUGUGCCACCUCAUCUCUCUCUCUCUCUCAGGAUGAGAAGCAGCGUUUCUCCUCUGUCCUGCUGUUGGCUCGUCUCCUAGCUAAGUUCCUGGGUUAUAUCUCCUUCCUGCCAUACCAGACCUCUGAGAGGCCCUCCAGGGAGAUACAGGAGGCUACUGCCAACCUCCGCAGCAAGAGUAUGUCUGUGCUGGAUGUGUGUGCGGUCCUGCGUAGCUGUGUUCGUAGGAGACGGACCAUCCUUACUGUGCCCUGGCUGGUGGAGUUCCUCUCCAUGCUGGACUUCACCGGUCCCUUCCUCCUCUGCUACAGGACCGUUCUGGGACUGCUGCUCAGCCUAUACAGGCGUAUGGUGCUGUCCAGAGAAGGAGAGGUGUGUUACCUGAAUCAGCUUCUCAUGGUGGCUGUUCUAGGCUGGCUGUUCCAGAUCCCAGUGAUCCCGGAGGAGCUUUUCUUCACUACUGAUUUCGCUGUAGCUGUCGAGCUAGAGGAGAGCCAGACCAACGUCCAGGGACUUGACUGUCUCCCCCUGGUGGACCAACAGCUCCUCUACACCUGCUGUCCUUUCCUGGGUGAGUUCCGUAAGCUCCUCGCUGCCUUUGUGGCCGGUAGCUCUGCCAGGGGUGGAGGCCUCAUCCGUAAGAUCACCCCUACCUCUGCUGAGCUGAGAGGUACCCCCACCACCACCAGGUCACAGCAAAAACGACAGGUGGAUUUGGAGCAAGCCUUCUUCCAUAACCAGCCUCCAUCUCUCAGACGAACGGUGGAGUUUGUAGCUGAGAGGGUGGGAUCCAACUGUGUCAAACAUAUGAAGGUCACGCUGGUGUGUGAGCUGGUCCGUGGUGGAGAGAGGUUGCUGAGGGAGGGGCUGAUCUCACCAGGGGCCAACCCUCUGAUACUCAACGACUCCAUCUGUGCUCAGCUCUGUGACGGGGGCCAGGAGGCUCUGGAGAGAGCUACCAGGUUUUGCAGUGAGAAGGGUCCAGAAGCCAUCCGGGUUCUUCUUCCUGACGAGACGUCUCCCGCUGUUCUCACUACGUCUGAGAACAUCACCAAGCGCCUGGCCACUGAGAAGGCCUAUAGCUGGCUCUCCUCCAACAUCACAGCCCUGGUCAAGCGAGAGUGGAAAACAAAGUUUGACCGUGUGAUGAAGUCUCUUCCCAGCCCAGAGGCUAGUGGUGUGGAAGGUUCUGGUCUUGUGGCUGGAGCUGCAGCAGUCUCCCAGGAGCAGUCACGUAACCCAAAACGGGACAUGGGCAAGGAGGAGGCUGUGACGUCCUGCCCUCCAGACUGCCCCCACAGUGCACCACUACCAUCUGAUGUCCUGGUAGAGAUUAAGGAGGUGUUGAGUAUUGCAGUAGGCCCGAGGUCUGAAAAGGAGGCGUUGACUUGUCUUCAGCUGAACGCUCUACUGGGCAAAGUAGGAGACACACUGAGCUGCAAAAAGUUCUCAUUCCCAAUGCCUGAACAGAUGCUGAUACGUUGCACCGUCCUACUAGCCUGUAAACUAGUUUCAGGGGAGCUGCCCAUGGUGUCCCCACAGGAGGAAUGUGGUAGGACAGUGUCUCCUGGUAGGACAGUGUCUCCUGAUCCAGUACUACCAGACUCACCAGUCCAAAGGGUAGGCUGUUCAAUCAAAGUCCUGCUGGAGCAGUUGAUCCUCCUGUGGGGGAGAGACUGUUGUUCAUCAGCCCCCCUCCACCUGCUCUUCACAGAAAUGACACUCAGUGCUGUCCUCAUGGCCAGAGACUCACAGUGGGACAACUUCCUGUUCUUGGUCAGACAGCUGGUAGAGCAGGGGAUUCUGGGAGAGGAAGAAGUGGUCUCUCAUUGGAGGAAACUGUCACAGUUACCCUGGCCAACGGAAUUCAUAGAGAAGAUCCAGCAGCAGUCCUCUUCCACCACAUCCCUUCCUAUGCCUGAGCUUCAGAACCACAUGGACAUGUUGCAGGUCUCACCACAACCUGUAGAGGGAGCCAACUAACCAUCACGACAAAAAAACACAUAGGCUCUGAGAGACACAUGCUCUGUUGGCCAACACUGCCCAGUCUGUUAGAAGACAUAUGUCACUGACAGGUGUAGCUGAACUCUACUACUCUGGCCAGUCAGUCCGUAGUGCCGUUCUAGGCUCCUGAGAUGUUAAACACACACAGACCGUGUUUAGAUGAACAGCCAUUGUGUACAGAGGAGACAAUCACCUGGAACAUCACUCAUCUGUACAGCCAGCCACAGUCAGUUCAGACUAAGCCCUAGCCGUAAACAUCGUUAGGGCCAAAGGGAUGCGGUAGGGAGCGAGUUGGGACCGGCUGACACUGUCCUGUUUAGAGGUGCAAAUGGGAACCAAAAAGUCCUGCUGCUCAGGACUAGUGGUGGAGCCAUAGGCCAGGGGAAGGGUGUACCAGAAGGCUGAGAACGAGGGGUGCAGUAUCAAUAAAAUAAUAACUAACUUGAUGGACAGACACUAGUAAAUCAAAAAUGAACAACAAAAAAACAUGAGAAACCAGCCCCUACUCGACCCCUACUGCCCUAGACAUAUGUAGGUUUGAAAGGAUUAUAGUAGAUACUGUAUGUGUCAGCAAUAGCGGGUAAGGGCUGGCUGGGGGAUGAUUUGUUAUUGGGCCAAGGAAUGUCAUUUCUAAAUGUUCACAGAUAAAUAUGUAUUUGUGUUAGUCUCAGAAGCACUUAAGAGUGUAACACAAUGCCUUUAACCGUCACUCGUGAUUUUGUGUGUUCAUGGAUGCUUUCUGUGCAUUUGUAAUAAUGUUUAGUUCACGUUGGACUUAAUGGUACCAUGAUUGUCUGCUGCUUUUAAACUUUACAUUUUCGCAUGCUGUCUGUCACAUAUUGAAAAAUAAUAAAUAUGUAUUCUUUGGGA